AUGACUCGCUGGACUGAUGAGAACAAGGCGACUCUCCUCCACCUCAUCUUUGAGACUCAGAAUUUCCAGAUCGAUCUCGACAAGAUCGUCGAUGCCUGGCCCGGAGACGACAAGCCCACCGGCAAAGCGCUCAGCGAACAGCUGGGCAAAUACCGUAAGCCUGGCAGCUCCAUAACCUUUAGGUUCACUAAAGGCAAGCGGGCUGCUCCUGAUGGAUCGGGUUCUUCUGCGCCUAAUACCCCUACACCCAAGAAAAUCCGAAAGACCAAUGGAAAGGCUAGCAAGGUGAAGGCGGAGGUGCCGUCUUCUCCUGUUCCUGUGCCUAAGAUUAAGGGCGAGACUGUGGAAGAUGAUAAGAAGUUCCUUGAAGCUUAGAGGCGAAGGUGAAAUAGUCUAGAAGAGGGGAAGAUAGAAAGGAGUACCGGCUUACGGGCAAGUUAGCUGGGAGUUGAUGGUUUUAUGCAUAGGACCAGGGGACUGGUAUUAGGCUUGGGGUUGAGGAGUUAGCAUGGAGUUGGGUUAAAUAGGCGCAUGGUUCAUGUGGAAUGGAG